GGACUUGUUAGUGUGUCUUGUCAUUAAUUAGUGCUGCCAUUGGACCUUCUAAGCACCACCAGGGAGUCUGACCACCAUUGAACAUCUGUGAAAAAGCCUGUCAAGAAAUAUAAAGCCGAGUCAUCAGUUGGCAACCCACAUUAGCCCAAGGUGAAGGGAGGUGCUGGGGAGGACUUGUUAGUGUGUCUUGUCAUUAAUUAGUGCUGCCAUUGGACCUUCUAAGCACCACCAGGAAGUCUGACCACCAUUGAACAUCUGUGAGCAAGCCUGUCAAGAAAUAUAAAGCCGAGUCAUCAGUUGGCAACCCUCACUAGCCCAAGGUGAAGGGAGGCUGCUGGAGGUGCUAAGGAGGACAGUUUUGACUUCUGAGUGCUGUGGUGAGUCUGAUUAGUGCUGAUUCUGUCACUACAAGCCCUCAGCACCACUAGACAGCUCUGUGGAGGAAUAGAACCUGUCAAACACCUGUGGAUCCUGCCCUACGGUAGCGGCCGAGGAUGGCGGCGUUGAUGCUGCUGCAGAAGGGCCUCGUCUCGUACAAUGAGAGUCUGUCCACCCGGCCGCUGGUCACCAAGGCAUGCACCAGCGCGGUGACGACGGGCCUCGGAGACUUACUGGGCCAGGUCAUCGCUCGCCAGCAUCGCAUCAACCUGCACAGCAUUGCCCGACACGCCACAUUCGGGCUGCUGGUGACGGGGCCGCUCGCACACCACUUCUACAGCCUCCUGGACCGAUGGGUGCCGCCGGGGGGGAAGGGAGCGGCCCUGAAGCGCCUCCUCCUUGACAGACUUGGCUUUGCCCCGCUGCUCCUCGUGCUGUACCUGUACCUCCUGGCGCGCAUGGAGGGGAAAAGUCACAGGUCCGCCCAGGGGGAGACGCGACACAAGAUAUGGCCGGCCCUCAAGAUGAACUGGAAGGUCUGGACGCCAAUACAGUUCAUCAACGUCAACUACAUCCCCCAGAAGUAUCGCUCGCUCUUCGGUAACGUCGUGGCGCUGUUCUGGGUCAUGUACAUCACCAACAAGAGGAGACAGGCUGCCAAGAAGGACUGAGGAGGAGUUGAAGGUAGAGAGAGAAGGAACGGAAGGGGAGGAGAAAGUCUUACCGUGUCAUAAAAUUAUUAGUAGUAGUUGUAGUAGUAGUUGUAGUAGUAGUAGUAGUAGAGGAGUAUGUUAUUGUAGUGCAUAUUGAAAUCCACUUUUUUGAUAUGGGUGUCAUAAGUAAGUUGUUUUGUAGUGAUUUGCUGUACUUACGAUGCUGUGAAAGGAAAGAGUUGUAUUAAUAGUAGUAGUAUUAGUAGUAGUAGUAGUAGUAAGGUAGAAUGUUGUAGUAGUGCAUAUCAAACUCCAUUUUUCAUAUAAGUGUUUUAAGUAUGUUCUAAAGUACUUAUGAUGCUGUGAAGAAUGUGCUGAAUGGUAAAAGUAUUAGUAUUAGUAAUAGUAGUAGUAGUAGUAAUUAAAGAAUAUUGAAGCAGUGAAUAUCAAACUCCAUUUCUUAUAUAAGUGUUCUAAGUAAUACCUUCUAUAGUUCUUAAGAUGCUAUGAAGAACCCGCUCAGACACUGCCCGGGGAUAUAUAUUUUGAGAGUAAUUCAUCUAUAGAGUGUUUGUAUUACUCCUGUACUAAGAACCAGUGGAAUAUAUUUUUGUAAACUCUAUGUAGCAAUGUAGUAGUAGUAGUAGUAGCAGUAGUAGUAGUAGUAGUAGUAGUAGUAGUAGUAGUAGUAGUAGUAUGAUUUUAGUGUGUAGAAAUCGUGUUCGUCUUUACGUAUAUAUUUUUUUGAGUGUUGAUAUAAUAGAAAUGUUUUGCUUUGG